AUGGCAACCGAGAAAGUUGGGUUCGAAUUCGCCCCUCACGAAGUCGUCCCCAGUCUCGACCCGAAGCUCUAUUCCCUCGACGAGCAAGAAGCUGCCUUCUUCAAAUCCGCGACAGGCAUCCAAGACGACGAAGAGCUGAAGAAACAUAUCCUCGAUGUCCAAGCCAAGGCUUACGUUAUCUUCGGUUAUCCAUGCAUUCGAAGGUUCUCGUUUCUGAGAUUGAAUAUAUGCAAACUCCCAGCAUACACGCAAGUCCUUAAGCUGGCUAAGGAGCGUAAGGAGGCCGUCCUGCUAGACAUUGGCUGCUGCUUUGGGAACGAUCUGAGAAAAGCUGUAGCUGACGGUUGGCCGAUUCAAAACGCCAUCGCUUCCGACUUGCGCCAAGGAUACUGGGAUGCCGGGCACGAGCUUUUCAAGACCACUCCGGGAUCAUACCCCUUGAAGUUCAUCCCCGGGGACGCGUUCGAUCCAGCGUUCGUCGCUCCUCGGGACCCUUGCUACGAGCUUCCCCCUACACCCGCGCCAGAAUUACAGUCUUUGACAUCCCUUUCGCCUUUGCAAGGUCACGUCGCUGCGAUUCAUGCCUCGGCUUUCGUACACUUGUUCAGCGAAGAGCAACAGACCCAAGUCUGCAAAACCCUCGCGUCUUUGCUCUCUCCGGAGCCUGGGUCCACUAUUUUUGGUGCCCACGGAGGGGUACCGCAGAAGGGAUUUAGAACAGUUAAUUUGGGAGACGUCACCCGAAGAAUGUUCUUCCACGAUCCAAACAGCUGGAAUGAGCUUGGGGAUGGCGGGAUAUUCAAGAAGGGCAGCGUCAAGGUGGAGGCACAGCUCAUGGAACAUAAGAGAGAGGACCUCAGUGAGGAAUUCAACGGGGAGAAAUUUUAUCUUAUAGCCUGGUCGGUGACGAGGCUAUAG